GGUCAGAAGCGCGGAUCAUGGCUAGUCAAGGCGCGCGAGGUGAAAGCGAUGGAGGUCGCAGGUAAGCGGACGAGCAACACGCUGGGUACUGGGCUCGGUCUGGGAAUCUUGGGCACGAAGCGGAAGAGUGGCGAGAUGAUGGACUUUGGCGGGCCUGGUGGGGCUGCCGCUGGGCCGUCGAAGGGCGUGGAGGACGAAGAGAGAAUAGCGAAGGUCGUGAAGCUGACCGAAGACAGCGAUUCCGCACGGAAGGGCAAGGUCAAGCUGAUGUCCGUCGAGGAACCUCCCUCACUGUCUCCUAGGCCGUCCGUGGAAAUGAAGAUUCGGGCUGCCACCGUCCCGCCCGAAGACUUCACCGCUCAGAUACAAGUCGUCGAUCAGGACGAGCCACUACUGGAUACGUUUAAGAAGAGGCUCGAAGGUUUCGGCGCGAGACACGGCAAGAGCAUGGGCAAGUCGCUCGGGGGCACCGCAGCGCAGCGCUCGCAGAAGCUCGCGCUGCUGCAGAAGCGCGGGUGGCAGAGAGAAACAAGCUGGAGCGGGGAUCGGAUGUCGGUGUCGCUGCCGAGGGAAGUAUGGCCAAGGACGGCGGCAAUGUUGUGGAAGUGGUGUCUGCGCCUUCUCCGAGUCUGCGGCAGUAGCGGACUCACACAAGAGACUGAGCUUGUCGGAUUUGAUGGGUCCUUCUGAGAAGAAGGAGCGGACUCCUCCGUCUGGCCCAGAGCCGCCGUUGCCCGCACUUAACAUCGAAGCAGCAAGCGCGAACGAGGAUACUAGCGUAUCGACAACCCCGCCGCACUCGCCUCCACGCAUGGCCCCAAUGCUCCCUCCUACUGGUCCGGUAUUCAGCAAGCCGCCUGCUGUCUUCGCAGCGCCACCUCCCUCGUCCUCCACUGCCCAAACUUCGAAGGCGCAACCCGCUGCUGGUCCCAGCAAGGAC